AUGCUCGAGACGAGGUCGGCACUGGGCUUCCUCAUGUUGUGCCUUUUCAACUGUGCCACCGCUGCCGACAGUAACGAAUUCAUCUCGCCCAAUUUUCAGUCCUCCUUGAAUACCGGCCGAUUUGCAGGCGUUUCAGCAUGGGAUCUAGGAUUGAGUCAGUUGAUAGCAUUUCAGUCGACCUGGGACGAAUACAAAAUUGAAUUAUGGCAGCAGAAUUUGGACGUCGGUAAUGCUACUUCAUCGCCCACCCUUGUUUACGAACAGGACGCUGGAGAUUAUCUCCCUCAGAGCUUCUAUUGGACUGUGCAGACCUAUGAAAUUCAGUUGCCCAACUCUCCAGUUUUCUUCUUUUGGCUCCGCGACAAAAACUCCCAUAGUCAGCAGAGUUCUGCUUUUUUUUAA